UCUACUUGUACAAUAGAUACUUCAUGUUGCAUAUAUAAGUUGAUGUGUCAAAUUUCAUGAGCACUUCCAGCUUCAGAGAAUGGCGAAUACUUCCAAGGGCAAGGUGUGUGUCACUGGAGCCUCUGGCUUUGUUGCCUCUUGGCUUGUCAAGCGACUUCUCGAGUCAGGUUAUCAUGUUCUAGGGACAGUCAGAGACCCAGGCAAUCAGAAGAAGGUAGCACACCUCUGGAACUUAGCAGGUGCUAAGGAGGGGCUGGAGCUUGUCAGGGCUGACCUCUUGGAAGAAGGGAGCUUCGACGAUGCCGUGAUGGCCUGUGAGGGCGUCUUCCACACCGCAUCGCCUAUCAUCACUAACGCUGAUUCCAAGGCAUGCUAUACUAACUAUGAUCACUUCACUGCCCAUCUUCUUUUUUUCCCAAUUUUGGAAGGUAAAGAUGUCCUGUGGUGGUGGGUCUUAAUUGGUAGACAUGUGAUUCCACUUCAAUCGCAGGAAGAAAUGCUUGAUUCGGCGAUAAACGGCACUCUAAACGUGCUGAGAUCCUGCAAGAAGAAUCCAUUCCUCAAAAGGGUUGUCCUCACGUCUUCGUCGUCGACCGUGAGGCUGAGAGAUGAAGCUGAAUUCCCUCCCAACGUGCUGCUGGAUGAAACAUCAUGGAGCUCCGUGGAGUUCUGCGAAAGCAUCCAGAUAUGGUACGCUGUUGCGAAGAUCCUCGCUGAGAAAUCAGCCUGGGAGUUCGCCAAGGAGAACAACAUCGACCUCGUGGCCGUUCUUCCGACGUUCGUCAUCGGCCCUAACCUCUCCCCUGUGUUAGGCCCCACCGCCUCAGAUGUCCUUGGCUUGUUUAAAGGGGAGACGGAGAAGUUCACCAUCUUCGGGAGGAUGGGGUACGUCCACAUCGACGACGUCGCGAGCUGCCACAUCCUGGUCUACGAAACCGCCGACGCCAAGGGGAGGUACAUCUGCAACUCGGCGGUUCUGGAUAGCAACGAGCUGGUCGCCUUGCUCGCGAAACGGUUCCCGUCGUUCCCCAUCCCGAAGAGUUUACCGAACAUUUACGGGGAGCAGACGUACGGCUACAACACGUCAAAGAUCCGGAAGCUGGGGCUUGAGUUCAGAGGCGUGGAGGAGAUGUUCGACGACUCGGUGGAGUCGCUCAAGGCGCAUGGCUAUCUGCGCGAGGGCGCCGCGUGAUGCGGAUGAGCGGACAGGAUCGAUCCGCCGGAGGGAAGAAUAUGAGGCCGUGGUGCCUGCUCUAGAAGCAUUUCAGUUAUUACUAACACAUGAGAAGAAUGCGUUCCCUUUCUUGUCUUUAUUUCUGCUUUGGGUGUUCCCUUGCCACUCUGCAGACAGUCAUGAACGACAAGGAAAUGAAAUGUACUCCAUGUUGCAUUA